GGCUCUCACCACUGGCACUAUCCCAGGCUUCAUUGAUGUGGUAAUGAACCUGAAUUCUCCGGCACUGCUGGAAGACAACCUCAUCUGGCAAGCCAAAACAGCAGGGAAGAGGAUGGUCUUCUACGGGGAUGACACCUGGGUGCGCCUCUUCCCCAAACACUUCAUGGAGCACGAUGGCACCACCUCCUUCUUCGUAUCCGACUACACGGAGGUUGACAACAAUGUGACCCGUCACUUGGAUAGCACCCUGAAGAGAGACGAUUGGGACAUUCUGAUCCUGCACUAUCUGGGCCUUGACCACAUCGGCCACAUCAGCGGACCCCACAGCUCGCUCAUCCAGCCCAAACUGAUGGAGAUGGAUGACAUCCUGAAGAAGAUUCACAGUGCCCUCAUUUCAAAGGUAAUUUCUUGUUUUCCUAAACCAGGGGUAGCCAACACGAGAGUCGCCCGCGGGGCAUGUUCUAAAAAUAGCUCGCCAAGCAAAUCCAAAAUGUAAAAAAUACACAAAACAAAAAAGGAAAUGUAAUUAAAAUAAUCUACCCUAUCCAUAAACGAAACCU